AACCGGAAGUUACGUUUCAACAUGGACGCCCUUUGUGUGAUAGCUGUCUUGGGAAGCUAAUAGAAAAUGAUGAAAAGUUGAAUAAAUUGAAGCUUAAUAGGACUUUUACAAUAUUUUUUGUUAUAGUACCGCUUUGCGUACAAUGUCACGACUUACUGGGCGCGCAGAGUGUCUGUAUGUAUUAAACAUUUUCUUUAUUGUGGCUAACAUGAUAGCCUUUGAGCUCGGUCAGCCCACUAGCCAAAAGUAAAUACAAGUCCUGCUUCAACAAUAAAACUCUCUGGAACAAUGUUGGGGUUUCUCACAGCAAGGCAGGCUGGUCUGGAUGACCCUCUGCGACUAAGAAGAGCAGAGUCAACGAGGAGGGUACUCAGCCUGAAGUUGAAUCCUGACAGAGAUGUGGACAGAAUCCAUGGAAAUGGCAUCAAUACCAUUGACAUAGAUGUAAUAGAGGGCAGAUACAUGUUAUCAGGAGGAGCAGAUGGAGUGAUUGUCAUUUAUGACCUGGAAAACUACAGUGGAAAGCCAGAGUACACCUGUAAGGCGAUAUGCACUGUAGGCAGGUCUAACCGGCAUGUCCACAAAUUUAGUGUAGAGACAGUCCAGUGGUAUCCUUAUGACACAGGCAUGUUUGUCUCAAGUUCCUUUGACAAGACCAUGAAGGUCUGGGACACUGACACACUGAAGCCUGCUGAAGUCUUUGAGUUUGAGGGAAAUGUCUAUAGCCACCAUCUGUCCCCUAUUGCCAGGAAGCAUAGUCUCAUUGCAGUGGGUACCAAAAACCCUAAAAUCCAGCUGUGUGACAUGAAGUCUGGUUCAUGCAUUCAAGUCCUGCAGGGUCACAGAGCGGAGGUCCUCUCUGUGCGAUGGUCACCCAGAUAUGAGUACAUCUUGGCUAGUGCUAGUGCAGACAGCAAGGUGAGAUUAUGGGAUGUGCGUCGGGCUGCUGGAAGUCUAUUCACAUUAGACCAACACAACGGAGACAAAUCCAAAGCCUCUUCUGAGGCAGUGAACACGGCUCAUAAUGGCAGAGUGAAUGGUCUGUGUUUCACUGGCGAUGGCCUCUACCUCCUCACCACUGGGACCGAUGACCGGAUGAGACUGUGGAAUAGUGCCACAGGGGAAAACACACUGGUAAAUUAUGGGAAGGUCUGCAAUGAAAGUCGGAAAAGGCUACAGUUCACAGUGUCACGUGGCUGCAGUCCUGAGUUUGUGUUUGUACCAUGCGGCAGCUCAGUCGCCGUUUACGGCCUCCACACGGGAGAGCUGGUCACCAUGCUCAGAGGUCAUUACAACAACGUCGACUGCUGUGAGUUCCACCCAGACUACCAGGAGCUAUACACUGGAGGUAAAGACUGUAACAUCCUGGCCUGGGUUCCUGUCCUUCGUCCAUCAGAUGUGGAAGAAGAGUCAGAUGGUGCAAAUAAGGGUGCUGCUGGCCAGACUUCAGUGAACCCUGCCUUUCAGGAUGCGUGGAGCAGUGAUGAAGACUAAUGCUGGUGUUUUGCAAAUGAGGGCACAGUGGACACAUGUCAGAAAAUGCAAAUGAGCACACAUAUGCAGGAAAAACAACCUGUAAAAUGACUGAUAGACGGACACCACUGAAGAUAACUAUGGAUUUAAAGCCUGUUCUUCUGACAAAAGCCUUAAUGUUCAAGAUAUGUAAUCAUUUUCUUGGCUUUAUAUGUAUAAUUGUUGCUUUUAUACAUUGGAUGCAGUGAUGUUAUUGUUAUUUGUUAGAUUUUCAUUUAAAUGAAAGGCCAACAUGUUCA